GAUGUGUGCUGCUGGUUUGUGGGUUCCGUUGUAGUGGCGGCGUCGGAAAGAGGUUCGAGCGCGCCCGAGUCGUGCGACAGCCCUCCUUCCGCGCCGGUGGAGUGGUUGAAGUUAAUAAACAAUGGCCAGUAACCAGAAACCUUCAGCAGCUCGCCCUGUUUCACGAAGUGGAAUUGGGCUGACAGGAAGGCCUCCUUCUGGAAUACGACCCCCAUCAGGAAAUAUAAGAGUGGCAACUGGAAUGCCACCUGGGACAGCAAGACCAGGUUCUCGUGGUGGUCCUAUAGGGACUGGUGGAGUUCUGUCUUCUCAAAUCAAAGUCGCUGAUCGUCCUGUAACACAACAAGGUUUGAGUGGAAUGAAAACUGGGAUGAAAGGUCCCCAGAGGCAAAUUUUAGACAAAUCUUAUUAUCUUGGGCUUCUUAGAAGUAAAAUAAGUGAACUUACAACUGAAAUUAAUAAACUUCAGAAAGAAAUAGAAAUGUACAAUCAAGAGAAUUCUGUGUAUUUAUCAUACGAAAAGAGGGCUGAGACGUUAGCCAUUGAAAUCAAAGAGUUUCAAGGACAACUAGCAGACUACAACAUGCUGGUAGAUAAACUUAAUACCAAUACUGAAAUGGAAGAAGUAAUGAAUGAUUAUAACAUGCUCAAAGCUCAAAAUGAUAGAGAAACACAAAGUAUGGAUAUCAUAUUUACUGAAAGACAAGCGAAAGAAAACCAAAUUAGAAGUGUCGAAGAAGAAAUUGAACAGGAAAAACAAGCAGCAGAGAGCAUUAUCAAAAAUAUGUCUUCCGAAAAACAAGUCGAGUAUAUAGAGAUGAAAACCACAAAUGAGAAAUUGUUGCAGGAAUUAGACACACUUCAGCAACAACUAGAUUCACUGAACAUGAAAAAAGAGAGCCUGGAAACUGAAAUAGCACACUCCCAAGUAAAACAGGAGGCUGUAUUGCUGCAUGAAAAACUUGAUGAGUUGGAGUCCCAUCGAGAUCAAAUGAUUGCAGAAGACAAAAGCAUGGGAUCUCCAAUGGAAGAGAGAGAGAGAUUACUUAAGCAAGUUAAAGAAGAUAAUCAGGAAAUAGCCAGCAUGGAGAGACAAUUAACAGAUAUAAAAGAAAAAAUAAAUCAGUUUAAUGAAGAAAUUAGAGAACUUGACAUGGAUUUAGAGGAACACCAACUGUUUGCUGAUGCAGGUGAAAUGAAUCAGAAAUACAAGGAGCUAAAAAAAAGGGAGGAAAAUAUGGACACUUUUAUUGAGACUUUUGAGGAAACUAAAAAUCAGGAAUUGGAACGGAAGGCACAGAUAGAAGCCAACAUUGUUGCACUUUUGGAGCACUGUAGUCGAAAUAUAAAUCGUCUGAAACAGAUAUCCUCUAUCACCAAUCAAGAGCUAAAGAUGAUGCAGGAUGACCUCAAUUUUAAAUCCACUGAAAUGCAGAAAUCACAAGGGACAACUAGGAAUUUGACUUCAGACAGUCAACGUCUACAGUUGGAUCUACAGAAAAUGGAGCUUCUGGAAAGUAAGAUGACUGAGGAACAACAUUCUUUAAAGAGCAAAAUUAAGCAAAUGAUAACUGAUCUGGAGACAUACAAUGAUUUGCCAGCUUUAAAAUCAUCAGGUGAAGAAAAGAAAAAGAAAUUACAUCAGGAGAGAACAGUAUUAUCAACCCGCAGAAAUGCCUUUAAAAAAGUAAUGGAGAAGCUAAACAUAGAAUAUGAGAUGCUGAAAACACAAUUGCAAGAAAAUGAGACACAUUCUCAGCUUACAAAUUUGGAGAGAAAGUGGCAACACCAUGAGCAAAAUAAUUUUGUGAUGAAAGAAUUCAUAGCAACCAAGAGUCAAGAGAGUGAUUACCAGCCAGUUAUGAAAAAUGUGGCCAAGCAGAUUGCAGAGUACAAUAAAACCAUCGUGGAUGCUCUACAUAGCACUAGCAGAAACUAAGUCUAAAUCAACCGAAAGUCUCUAUAGAAGUAUCUUAAUGCUGCUAGACUUUGUACAAGCUUACUAAAAUAUAGCUUAAUCUUACCUAAAAUUUCUGAAUGCUAUAA